GGCAGGGCGGCGCAGCGCGGCGCGGCCCCAAGGGAGGCAGCAGCCACCUACCCCGAGUAUUUAGAGGGGCCGGUCCCGGGAGAGACUGCCCCUGGCCGGAGCUGGGUAGGAGCUGAGCGCGGACGGCAUCGCUAUGAAGCGGGAAGGCAUCACGAACCUGGCUUUCGAGCCCUCCAGCCCCGACCUCCGUCUCCAGUCCAGGGUGAGCGUCAGCCGUCCCCGCCCGGCCCCCGGCCGCCCCGCGCCGGAGUGUGAGGAGGGGCCGUGCGGGUGGGGCAGCUUCACCCCUAGGGCUCUGCAGCUGUGCAACAACCCCGAGGGCUACCUGAGCGCCUACAGCCUGCUGGCCGUCUUCCAAGGUAUUGUGGUGAAUGGCCUAAUAAAUGUUAGUAUUUCCACUAUUGAAAAACGUUUUGAGCUGAACAGUUCCCUCACUGGUGUCAUCUCUGCAAGCUAUGACAUUGCUUUUUGUGUAUUGUCGCUGUUUGUAUCUUUCUUUGGAGAAAGAGGGCACAAACCAAGAUGGCUUGCCUUCUCAUCAUUUAUGAUAGGAUUGGGAUCACUUGUGUUUGCCUUGCCACACUUUGCUGGUGGAAUAUACCAAUUUGGAUCUAAACUUGAAGAUACCUGUCAAGUAUCAGGAACUAGCAGUGCUAACUUCACUUGCAAUACCAGCAAAGAGUCUUCACUCUCCAACUACCUCUAUGUCUUCAUCCUGGCGCAGCUGCUACUGGGAGUCGGAGGAACUCCCCUGUACACUUUGGGCACAGCCUUCAUUGAUGAUAGUGUCCCAAAACACAAAUCUUCUCUCUACAUAGGAAUUGGCUAUGCCAUGUCAUUGCUGGGUCCUGCCCUUGGCUAUGUAUUGGGAGGGCAGCUGCUUAAUAUCUAUAUUGAUGCCCCUCUUCAAACAAGCACAGAGAUUGAGCCAGAUGACCCCCGGUGGCUUGGGGCAUGGUGGAUAGCAUUUCUCUUGUGCUGUUUUGGAACAUGGCUUCUGAUAGUACCUUUUUCGUGUUUUCCAAAGCACUUACCAGGUACAGCAAAAGUACAAUCUGAAAAAAUUUCUGAAACUCAUGAUGAUGGAAGUGAGGCAUUUGUUGAAGACAGGAAUAUUGGGAAAAAUUUUAAAGAUUUUCCAGUGGCUCUUUUGAUACUGCUGAAGAAUCCUGUGUUGAUGUGUUUAAUAAUAGCUGCUUCUACAGAAGCUUUAGUUGCCACGGGCUUUGCCACAUUUCUGCCAAAAUUUAUAGAAAAUCAGUUUGGACAGUCAUCCAGUUAUUCAGCUACACUAGGAGGGAUUGUAUUAAUUCCAGGAGCAGCACUAGGCCAAAUCAUAAGUGGCAUCUUGGUUUCCAAGUACAAACUGGAUUGCAAAAACAUAAUCAAGUUCAUGUUAGGCACUUGCUCAGUGGCUCUACUAUUGAACACAGUGUUUCUGUUUUCUAAAUGUGGGAAUGAACCAUUCGCAGGUGUCUCUGAAACAUAUAAUGGAACAGGCAAGUUACAGAACUUGACUGCACCAUGUAAUGCUAACUGCAACUGCUUACGCUCCUUUUAUUACCCAGUUUGUGGCAGAGAUGAAGUCCAGUAUUUUUCUCCCUGUUUUGCAGGAUGUACAUCUUUUACUGUUCAAAAAAGGAAAAAGACUUACCAAAAAUGUUCCUGUAUUGGGCUGCCAAAAAAAUUACCUGACACAGAAGAGGUCCCUUUUGAGGCUCUGGCUGGGAAAUGCCGAACACAAUGCACAUUCUUGCCUCUAUUCCUGGGCUUUUUCUUUUUUGCUGUUGUUUUCACUUUUAUGGCUGUUACUCCAACUACUGUGGCCAUCCUCAGGUGUGUGCCAGAUAAACAGCGUUCAUUUGCUCUGGGAGUGCAGUCAGUAUUUCUACGAUUAGUAGGCACUAUUCCUGGACCAAUUUUGUUUGGUGUGGCAAUAGACAGUACUUGUACUCUGUGGGAUAUUAAUAAAUGUGACAUUAAAGGAGCCUGCUGGGUCUACGACAACUCAAAAAUGGCCUACAUGCUGAUUGGUAUAAUGUGACCAUUCCCACAGAUCAUUUGGUAAUAAAUAUCCAACGUUUGAUAUUUGAUUACGGAUUGUAUACCAGGACUCUCCAAUGAAUGGACAUGCCCACCAUAGAUGCAUAAAAUCUCUUUCGCCACAAUUUCUUAGACAUUUAUCCCCAUUCAGUCUAUCUAUAUUUUUUAACCUGACUGGUGUGAGGUACCAUUGAAACAGUAUCUUAAAGACAAUUUUUUUAUUGUGCUACAAACUGAGGUUGCUGGUCCUCUUUUCCAGAUCAAACCUCAUUCCUUUGGGAUAAUUUCCCUAUCCAGGUGCUUUUUUCCAAUGUGUCAUAUAUGGACUUUUUUUUUGUUAGAAAAGUUGUCUGCAAAGGUUAAUAUAAAUUAAUUUUUGUUUUUUCCCUAAUUGAUCAGUUGCCAUUGCUUCUAAAGUUAGCUUUCUGUAUAAAACAGGUUUUCUAAAAAGUAGAGAAACAUAAAGCCUGACUUGACAGUAAUGAUACCAGGGGAGAGUGGGCCAGUUUAAGUUAGUUUUGAUCUCCAAACAAGUUAGAAAGUUCCUCUACUGAAUAGCUGGCCAACUUUGUGUGACCCAUAGCUCUCCUAAUAUUUGAAGCUCUCUGCUUCAUGAUUUGGACUGAGAUCUGGAUUACAUUGUACAUCAGGAGGAGUGAGGAAAGAAAAAGAACACAGACUCAAUAGUUUUCCCUUUGCACAUCACCUUUAAGGAGGGAAUUGAGGAAGGAUAUAGAGGACUUUUGAUGAAUGAGGACAUGAAGCUAAGAAUUGGACAACAGGGUGAGCAGGAAGUCAAAAGAACUGUGAAGAGUGUACUUGAGAGGAGGAUGUGUAUUCAGGAAGAUUAUUCAGAACAUCUUAAGUGAGGAUGAGGAGUUUCAGCACAGUGCAGCAGGUGACAGGAAGCCAAUGAAUGGACAUAAUCUGGGGCACUGUAGGUAAAGCAAAAAGGGAAGAUUAUUUUAUUGUCUUGAACAGCCCGGAGUGGAGGAGAAGAACAGAAUUCUAAUGAGUAUUAUAGUUCUCACAGCAAGUGAGAACCAGAGGGCAGAUGAGGGACCUGAUCCAAAGCUCCUGGAAGUCAAUGGAAAGACUCCUGUUGUUUUUAGGGGACUUUUGAUUAGCUUUAUGGAUAAGCAUGCUUUCUGCCAUUAAUGGGUACCAUAGUAUGGAGCUAAAGUAUUGAGCCAAGUUUACACUAAGACUUUCAACUUAGAAGUAAAUAUUUUUAGUUCUUUGCUUUAUACCUUUGUGGCACUCUUACGAACUAUGGGGUCACAUAUUUAUAGCUUCUGUGGGCCAAACUCAUUGCACUCAUCAAGAGAUCAUUACAUCCCUGCAUUUCCCCUUACAUUCCUCUGUGUCAGAGGCUUUGUAUGCCACUCAACCCCCCUUAUUAUUUGUUUGGGAGAUAAGUCAUUCAAGUGUCAACAUGUUAAACUCUAUUGGGAGGAUGAACCGUGAUGAGACAGGUAUUAUAGGAAUUAAUGGGUGCUGUGGACCAGGUGUUUGAUCUGUAGACAGUUGCAGAGGUGUUUGAAGCUGGGGCUGUGCUAAACAGAUGACAGGAUCUCCAUAUGUCCCCCCAUUUUCCCCCUUUUGGUUGUCUGAUUUACCCCCCAAAUCAAUAGUUUUGUCAUAGAUGUCUAGAUAAUUUUGAAAUUGAUCAAAUGGGAUGUUUAAAAGUUAUGGCAUGACAGACAGAGAGAUGCCAUCAAGUUGAAUGUAAGGCUUUCACAAGCUCUGUCAAUUAACUAACUAUAUGUAUUGACAGUUGAUCUUCAACA